AUGGCGUACGACGACUCCAUACGGCGCAGAGAACGCCCGCGCCGCUCCACUGGGGGUUCUGAAGCUUAUUUUCAGCCGCCUCAACGUGCAAGGCGAGAGUUUACACGCCGCGAUUUCCUCAAUGAGAGCGGAGACGAAUUCGUCCACCGCCGGGAAUCCAAUGAUGAAGCUGAGCCAUCUUCAGGGCCAUUCAUACUUCGCAGCCGGGUUGCUAGAUCAUCUCCUUCCCCCGUAUUGCGGCAACGACGGACCUUGGGCAGAGAAAGCUCAGGGGCUGAGCUCACGACAGAGGAAGCCGUCAUCACGGAGUCUCCCACUGCUUUUCAUCAUGCGGCCUCUUCAGAUGACGAUGAUCGGAUUACGCGUUUUAGAAGGCGUAGAGAUUACGACGAACAAGACGACUCUCGCCCUGCCAGGGAGGAGAUCAUUAUCGAGAGACGGGAUGAGGAUGAGCCGCGAGCGCGGGCACGAUAUGUCGAUGCCGAAGAAGACGGGUAUCGUGUCCGUCCCAUGAGCCCCAUCGUUGAAGACAUUGAUGCGUUUGACGACUUUCACUUUGUCUUUCCAGCAGAGGACCCAGCAAAGGAUGCCGAACUGUCUGACCUAGACACCCCAACAACUGAGAGCGAAUCGACACAGAAAAUUGAACGCCCUCUUUCCAACGUCAUCACUGCUCCUGGGAUUUAUUCUUCCAGCUACUCCGGGACAGCGGAGCUUGGGGCUCAGCACGAUGUGAAUUUGACACUCCUACACGACCCCAGAGGCCAAAAGCAGCCUCUGUUCCGAUGGUUACAUGUUCGCCAAGACAUAAUGAACUUUGACGCAUUCUGGGUCCAAGUAUCACGCCAAAUCUACUUGCGUGAUGCUGAAAGAAAGGCAGUGGCUAACCUGCAAGCCGAAGUUAAGCGGCAGUGCGUCAAGACUCGAUACAAUCCCCAAGGUGCAAAAGUAGGUUACAUGGAGCCACGAUGCAUCCAGACUCCGAUACAAUCGUCCAAUAAGAAACCUUCCGAGGACUCACAUGCAGCCAACUGGAUCUGUAUACCGUAUUUUCAUCUACAGCAAUAUUCUGAAUCCGUCUCAACUUCGAAUACGGCACUAUUCCCGGCUCAGACUUUACUCCAAUCCCAAUACUCUCGCAGUGGCCAACAGAGAGACAUGGACCAAGCAGUGUGCCAGAUUGGCCAAGUUCCGCGAGGGGAAUGUUUUCACAUCUCGCAACUGUGGUGCCUUAUUGUCGGCAACAUAAUGUGGUCUUUGGCAACAAAGGAAUGCCAAACGUGGUUUGCGUUCAUCUCCCACUUUCGUCCCUUUUGGCCACGGAAGCUCGAAUUCUGGCGCAAAGAUCACCAGUUGACAACAGAAAACUGGGGCAAAAUCUUGAACCUAGCCGAGGGGCAACACAGUGAUGUGAGAUUGAAAUUGAAGAUUGCAGAUGCACCCGAUCUGCUACGAACAAUUCUGAAACCAGAUGCAACGGCCAACAAGGCAUCUGAAAAGCGCCCCGAACAGUCGGCAACCGCACCAGAAUACCUGCACGUUUUUACACUUUUGUCGAAGAUUGCAGACUCAUCCAAUGAUUCUAUUCUCAAGGACCUUCAGGAACAACUAUCGGCGGCCGAGAAGUUCUUGACAGAAAAGACUUCUUACACGGCACAGAGAGAAUAUAAGAGAUGCGAACUCAUGACGAGGGACGGUGUUAAUGAGCAACUCGAGAAGCUGGGUGCCCGUAUUGAAGAGAAAAAGAGCGAUAAAGUCCGCCGCUCAUAUGAGGAAAGGCUCGACGUCUUCAACAUGGCCGACACGUUGUUUCAACUAUUCUUUCCUCUCACGUUCCACGGUCCUACAACGGGUAAAUACUGGGGUGCUCUAAGCAAAAAGAUGGAGAUGCCUGAACUUGACGAAGAUGAUGUUCACGCGUAUUCAACUCCGGUUUCAACACUCAGAAGUACCCUCUGGGAGUUGACCCAGGACGUACAAUCGUUUCAGAAUCUCAUGUCCUUUGCGGGCAAGGAAGACCGCGCCGCCAUGGAACUGCCUCGUGAACUUGUGACUGCGUGGCUGCACAUUGUUUUCGGCCUGACUUAUGCCUAUGAGGUCGGCUGGUACAACCAUAUGACAAAGGCAAGAUCGCUGCUGAAAGAAGGGAUGCAGAAAAUGGUUGAAAGCAUUUCCUCCCAAAAUCUCUUGGACAGGGCUGUCAUGCAGCCAACAGAAGUCAUGUCACUGAUAGCACUCAACCUCUUGCAUGACGACGUGGGCAAAUAUGAUGAUAUUUGUGAUACAUACUCGCUCUAUCUCAAUUCCUUGGAUACGGACAUUACAACAAAGGCCCCCAGUCGGACAUAUCAGCAUCGUAUUGAUCUGGUCAACCAAGAAAUGACUGCCAUUAAGCGAAAUCUAUCAAGACAGAGAAAUAUAAUAGCUAUGCUGAGAAACAGAACUAGCAUUACAGACGGAAAUUUCAUGGUACGGUAUGGGGAGGAAAUGCCGGCACGUAUGAGGGGAGAGUUUGGCGGUAUGAAACGCAGAGAUCCUCGACUUUUUGAGGAUGAGAGAAUCGUUAGACGCGGCGCAGACGAUCAAGGCAGAUUUGGCGUUCAGUUCUUGAACGAACUCGAGACGGCUUCCAAGUUGUCGUCGACGGACAUGGGAGGGUUUCGAAGCCUCUUUCUCGCCGACUGUGCCAACCUCGUUGACCAGAGAGAGUACGAAUUCCGGCGAAACACAGAGUAUGCGGAGGAUCUGGAGCGGGAGAUUACGUAUAAAAUGGAGUGGACCAAGGAUAGGCAAGAGAAUGCCAUUUACGCCUUCACCUUGGUCACCAUCAUCUUCCUGCCGCUGAGCGCCAUCUCGAGCAUCUUUGGCAUGAACACCAACGACAUCCGCAACAUGGACUUUGACCAGUGGCUGUAUUGGGUGGUUGCCUUGCCCGUGACGGUCAUCAUCAUCAUUGCCGGCCUAUGGUGGAUGGACGAGCUUAGCAACGCAACAGACUGGCUCGUUGGCAAACGCUGGCGCUCAUCAAAGGGUGCCUCGCGGUCAUCUGGGUCGAGUAUGGAUUACGACUCGGUGAGCCGUGCCAGCGAGGAUGUGCCGGCUACCUACCGCCGAUCUCGAUAUUCACGUCCGACUGUGCGGAAAUAUGCGGAUACUAUUGAGGUUCCCGUGUCUAGUAUGCCGCCGCCACGAAGACGGAGGACAUCUUUUUACAAGUACUGA